GCGAGUGGUAAUGAUGAUUGAUGAAUUCACACUUGUACAUCUAUAUAUGUGGUACGGUCAUGCGUUGCUCUUGUUGUAUCACUAGCUAGAAUCCAGCAAUGGCGCUCCUCCCAAUCCCAUGCAUCCCCAUGAUCAUCGUCACAACACUCCCAAUACUCCAGCUGCUGCUGGCGUCUACUGUUGCUGCUUCUAGUUCCUUCGGAAAUGGCAAUGGCAGCGCCGCCGAUCUCUCCGCGCUAGUUGCUUUCAAGGCCCAGCUCUCAGAUCCACUCGGCAUCCUCGGCAGCAACUGGACAACCGAGACCUCGUUCUGCCAGUGGCUUGGGGUCUCCUGCAGCCGCCGCCACCGGCUACGCGUCGUCGCCCUGGAGCUACCAGGCAUACCUCUCCAAGGCGAGGUCACUCCUCAGCUCGGUAACCUCUCUUCCCUGACCGUCCUCAACCUAACCAACACGGGCCUUACAGGCUCCAUCCCAUCCGAGCUUGGGAGGCUACACCAGCUUAGGUAUCUAGAUCUUGGCGACAACGCUCUAUCGGGCACCCUCCCUGCCACCAUGGGGAACCUCACGAGCCUCCAAGUCCUCGUGCUGUACAACAACAGCAUCUCAGGAACAAUCCCUGAGGAGUUUCAGGGCCUGCACAACCUUAGGUACAUGAACUUUCAGAAGAAUUCCCUGAAUGGCUCGAUACCGGAAGGUCUGUUUAACAACACGCCGUGGCUAAGCUACCUCAACCUUGACAACAACAGCUUGUCAGGGAUGAUACCACACGGUAUUGGCUCCCUGCCGAUGCUCCAGGCUCUCGGCUUGCAGGCCAACAAACUGUCCGGUGUGGUGCCUCCAUCCAUCUUCAAUAUGUCCACACUUCAACUGCUGUAUCUUGGGGGCAACUACAAUCUGAACGGACCUAUUCCUGGCAACAAAAGCUUUAGCCUACCCAUGCUUCAAGUCAUCUCCCUCCAGUUCAACAGUUUCACAGGUAGGAUUCCACAGGGUCUCUCUGAAUGCCGAUACCUCCAAGUACUUUCUCUGUCAACAAACUCCUUUGAAGGCCCAGUGCCUACAUGGCUGGCCAAGCUGCCGGAGCUCACAGAGAUAGAGUUGGGUGACAAUAAACUUGAUGGCCCAGUCCCAGCUGCUCUCAGCAAUAUAACCAAUCUCGCCAUUCUAGACCUGUCAUUUGGCAAUCUAACCGGAGGGAUUCCACAUGAACUCGGACAACUAAGUCAACUCAUGGUAUUGUCUCUGGCACAUAAUCAGCUGACUGGGCCAUUUCCAUCUUUUGCUAGUAACUUGUCUGGGUUAUCGUAUAUACUGUUGGACGCAAAUCUUUUGACCGGUUCUGUGCCAACGACACUUGGUAGCACAGGGAGUCUUGUAUCUGUCAUUCUUUAUGGGAACUACCUUGAUGGGAAUCUAAACUUCCUGGCCAGUCUUUCAAAUUGUAGACAACUCUACCAACUUGAUGUUGGGUUGAAUCGUUUCACUGGGAGAAUCCCUGACAGUAUCGGAAACCUCUCUAGUCAACUGAAUUUUUUCUUUGCUGACAGAAAUAAUUUAACCGGCGAACUUCCCGCUACCAUGUCAAAUUUAAGCAGCCUCAAUAUGAUAGACUUUUCAGAAAACCAGCUGAGCAGCACAAUUCCAAGAUCGAUCAUGAUGAUGGACAAGCUCGUUGUGAUUUACCUUUACGGCAACCGCUUGUUCGGCCCCAUCCCAGCACAGCUUGGUGUGCUAGGAAACCUGGAACAAUUAGUACUCUUUGACAAUCAGCUCACCGGCUCUAUACCAGAUAAACUCGGCAACCUCUCCAAGCUGUUGUACCUUGAUCUAUCUCAGAACCGGUUAUCGUCAACUAUACCAGCAAGCUUAUUCCACCUUGUUAGUCUCACGAAACUUGCCCUGCAUCAAAAUUCAUUGGAUGGUGCAUUUCCAGUUCAAAUAGGUUCCUUGCCACAAAUUUUAAGCAUAGAUCUCUCUAGCAACACUUUUGCUGGUGGACUUCCAGGUUUUGGACAACUGCAAACAUUAACCUACCUAAACCUAUCACACAACUCAUUCAACGGUUCAGUUCCAGAGUCUUAUGGCAACCUCAGGAGCUUGAAAUCGUUGGACCUUUCCUACAAUGAUCUAUCCGGUACAAUCCCAGGGUACUUGGCCAAAUUUACAGAUCUCACCAGCUUGAACCUGUCCUUCAACAAACUACAUGGUCAGGUACCAGAAGGAGGUCUCUUCGCAAACAUUACACUUCAAUCUUUGAUGGGGAACUCUGCUCUGUGUGGUGUCUCCCGUUUAGGAUUUAUGCCAUGCCCAAGCAAUCAUCAGUAUCACUCAACUAGUAACAGAAGAAUCCUAAUAUUCUCGAUCAUUGCUGGCAUCAUAUUAGUUGGAUCUGUAGUUACCUGCCUAUACAUGAUCAUCAAGAAGAAACUGAAGCAAGAGAGGGUGGUUUCUACUGGAAUGGUCGACAUGAACACCCAUAGGUUAGUCUCGUUUCAUGAGAUUGUUCGGGCCACUGAAAAUUUCAAUGAAACCAACCUGCUGGGUGCUGGAAGCUUUGGGAAAGUUUACAAGGGACAACUAAGUGAUGGAUUGGUGGUUGCGGUAAAAGUUCUGAACAUGCAGCUGGAGCAGGCUAUUAGAAGCUUUGAAGCAGAGUGCCGUGUGCUGUGCAUGGCUCGUCAUCGGAAUUUGAUAAGGAUACUAAACACCUGUUCAAACAUGGACUUCAAAGCACUGAUUCUCCAGUACAUGCCUAACGGUAGCCUGGAAACGCACUUACACACUGAAAGUAGGCAGUGUUUGGGGUUCUUGAAGAGGUUGGACAUUCUGUUGGACGUGUCAAGAGCAAUGGAGUAUCUGCACCACCAACACUGCGAGGUAGUCCUGCACUGUGACUUAAAGCCAAGCAAUGUUCUAUUUGACGAAGACAUGACCGCGCAUGUGGCGGACUUUGGCAUUGCGAAGCUACUAUUUGGUUAUGACAGCUCUGUAAUUUCUGCUAGCAUGCCAGGAACAAUAGGGUACAUGGCUCCAGAGUACGGAUCCAACGGGAAAGCAUCAAGAAAGAGUGAUGUCUUCAGCUUCGGGAUCAUGCUUCUUGAAAUACUCACUGGAAAGAAGCCAACGGAUUCAAUGUUUGUCGGACAACUAAGCCUCAGGUUGUGGGUCAAGCAAGCGUUUCCAAGAAGGCUUAGCGAUGUUGUGGAUGAACAUUUACUGCAAGAUCAUCCUACAAGCCGCAUGGACAACUUCCUUGUGCCGAUGUUUGAGUUGGGUUUACUAUGCUCGAGUGACCUACCUGAGCAAAGGAUGACAAUGAGCGAUGUUGUUGUGGUACUGAACAAGAUAAAGAAGGAUUAUGUUCGUUUUACGUCAACAAUGGCAGGCCCCGGAUCGUCUGGUGACGAUGAUAGCAUUUCAUAGUGUCAGUAGGCAUUGCCUUCUUCAUACUUACCGAACGGUCCAAUGAUGCCAAGUAAUAUCUUAUCGGUGGUUGUAUAUGCAAUGAAGUAUACCCAUGCUGUCA